AUGUGCCACGAGAAGAAGAAGUCGGGGGGCGCAAAGUGGCAGAACCCGGUCAGCCUCGUCUUCCGCAUCGCCGGCAUGGGGCUGGCGGUGGCGUCGGCGGCGAUCAUGGCCACGGCGAGCCAGUGCACGAUCUACGCAGACUACGGCGCGCGCCCGCGCACCGUGACCUACCGCGACUUCCCCGCCUUCGUCUACCUGGUGGUGGCGGCCUCCAUCGCCGCGGCCCUGGAGGCGGUCGCCAUCUUCCUCUGCGUGUGCAAGAAGGGCAAGAGCAUCAAGAAAGCCAGGGCGGCGCUCAUGCCGCUCGGGCGGCGCCUCAGCGUCUGCGCCAGCAGCGUCGGCGGACGCUUCUGCGCGCAGGUGCACGUGUCCAUGUGGCUCUCGCUCACCGCCGCCGUGGCCGUGUCGCUCGCCGAGUGGGCGGCGAGCAGCGGUGGCGGCCGCAGCUCCAGCUCGGACUCGGACUCAGACUCAGACUCGGAGUCCGUCUGUGGGCAUGGGUGCCAUUCCAAGCAUUAG